GGAAUCUUAAAAUUAGAAUUUAUUUAGUAAAAACGCAGAAGACAUUUAAAUUAAAAUAUUGCCUCUUCUUUGAAAUAGUUGACUUCAAACUUGCUCAUCUUCUGUAAAGUUGUAAAACAGUUACUUACAUUGUUGUAUUAUGAUAAAAUAAGUAUUAGUAAAUUUAACUUGAAUAUCAAGAGAAGCAAAAUCCGCUUAAAGUUUGAAAAUAUUUGUAGUUAUACGACCGUUUUUAUACAAGUUAUUCAAGUAUAUAUUUUAAGGCUGAUUCGCCAUUAAGAAAACGGCUAUACACUGAAUAUCCUAUAUCGUAUCGUCUCUAAAAUAUUUCAAAGUAAAUAAAAAUACACAUUAUUUGUCCAACUAUAGUAAAUUCUACGACUUUGUAAAUAGAGUCUAAAAAUAUUUUUAGUAGAAAAAUUUACAUAGUUUCCGCAUUUCAAACAGAGAAGGCAACCCACUGCACCUCAUUUGAGGAUAUUUAAACAUUUAAUAAAGUUACAGAAAAUUAUAAAUAGAAACUUUAGUUUCAGGUACAUUAUUAGGAUGAGUGAGGGGAGUAAAUUCCCCAAAACAAAAAUAUUUACACGGUGAAGAUACAAUAGUUUUUCAAUUAGAAUCGAACACGUAUAUCUAUGCAUUGAAACAGGACUCAUUGUCGACUUAUUCGAAUCGUAAACGUUCAAUUUAAGCUAAGAUAUUGGAUUAUUAUUUAUUUAAAAUUAGUUUUAUUUAUUUUUUUUUUUAAUAUUGAAAGCAAUUUAAAUAUUAAAAUCUUUUUAAAAUUCGUUAAUAAAUUGUUUGAUAAAAAUAAAUAAAUUAAAGGAUUUCAAAGUAAUUUAUUUUUAUCUUAAUGAAUGCAACUUUUCAUUACAAGCAGAACAAUAUUUAACGACAUUCAAGUGUUAUUAAUUUUAUGUCACGUAUAAUUUAGACCAAUUAUAUAAUUAUCAAAAAUGUUAUAUGAAGCGCAGGACGUGUGGGAAGGGCUAAGUGUCCAAUAGAAUUCGCGACCACGACAACGCAUCCGCCCUCCGGGCUAAUCCUUCUGGAAACGAAGGCGUAACGAAGGGUAGAUGGGGUUUAUUUUACAGUCCCUCCGGUUAAAGACCUAACAAACCAUGUGUCAUUCAGUUGUUGUUAAGGCAAGAGAAAACAUACACACCACCAAUAUAGAAUAGUAUAAAUUUUAAAAGUCUUCAAAGAUUUGAAUAAUGGACACGACUAAAUCAGCUAGAAAUAUAUACACAAUCGAUCAGAUUCUCAGCACAACACAUUCAACCAAAAAUGAUAGUAAUAGUGUGCGGUGUCAAUCCAAACUAGACGCUUUGUAUGCUGUUAGCAGUUCUGACACAUCAUUUCACCGUAUGGACGAAAACGAUGACGAAAAACCGCGGAAAGUCCGUCGCAGCAGAACGACAUUCACUACUUACCAAUUACAUCAAUUGGAAAGAGCAUUUGAGAAAACACAAUAUCCCGACGUAUUUACCAGAGAAGAGUUGGCUAUGCGAUUGGAUUUAAGCGAAGCUAGAGUACAGGUUUGGUUUCAAAACCGUAGGGCUAAAUGGAGAAAACGAGAAAAAUCAAUGGGACGAGAAACAAAUACUUCGUAUUUGCCAGAACACUCAAUGUUCAGGAAUGAGUGUUUGACACAAUCUGGGCUUGGACCACUUCCAUUCCUAAGUCCUGAACAAUUUUGGCCCAACAUAGUAUUCAAUCCAACAGCUGCAUCAGCUUUUCUACUUGGUUUACCCUGGCAUACCCAUUCAUACCAAUCCUCAAUGCAUAAGGCAUUAUCUCAACGGAUAAACCCAAAUAAAUGGCCAACUCAAACGUCAUCUUCUGAGCCACACAGUCCAUCAUCGUCAUCAUCUAGUUCUAUUCCUCUAUCACCUCAAAUUUUAGAACCAAAUGAUAUAAUUGACACUGAACCUGAUAAUCUUAAAUCUCCUUUAGUCAUUAGUAGGUCUUGUUCGCCAACAGCAGCGUUAGUCGAAAAAGUUUCUUGUUAAAAUGUCUACCUAUUAUAAUGUAUUAAGAUAUAUUUUAUUUAUAAUGAGUGUUAAUUGUAUUUUUUUCUUAUUCCCCUAUCAUUUCCUUUUAUCAUUUUUUAAAAUGACAAAAAAUUAUCUAGAUUAAGAAUAAAUUAUAAUAUUUAUA